AUGACACUAGAAGCUUUAUCAUCAAACGGUCUCUUAAACUUCUUACUCUCCGAAACUCUUUCACCAACUCCGUUCAAGUCUCUCGUCGAUCUCGAGCCAUCGCCGGAAAAUGACGUCAUCGUCUCCAAGAACACAAUUCCGACGAUAUCUCAACAUCAAGAACCACCACCGCCGCCGCGACCACCAUCUGCGGCUAAUCGAGGGAAGAAACGGAGGAGGAGGAAGCCUAGGGUUUGCAAAAACGAAGAAGAAGCUGAGAAUCAACGAAUGACUCACAUUGCCGUCGAAAGAAAUCGUAGAAGACAAAUGAAUCAACAUCUCUCUGUCUUAAGAUCUCUCAUGCCUCAACCUUUUGCUCAAAAGGGUGAUCAAGCUUCAAUAGUUGGUGGAGCCAUAGAUUUCAUCAAAGAACUUGAACAUCAAUUAGUAUCUCUUGAAGCUCAAAAGCUUCAAAAUGCCAAACUAAACCAUACGAUUACUUCUUCGACAAGUCAAGACUCAAAUGGCGAACCGGAGAAACCUCAUCAACCGUGUAAUUCGCUAUCUCUAUCGCAGUUCUUUCUUAACUCCUACGAUCCGAGCCAAGAGAAUAGGAAUGGCUCAACAAGCUCAGUGAAAACCGCUAUGGAAGAUCUCGAAGUGACUCUAAUCGAAACUCAUGCUAACAUCAGAAUCUUAUCAAGAAGAAGAGGUUUCCGAUGGACCACCGUGGCCACCACCGGGCCACCGCAACUUUCGAAGCUCGUGGCUUCUCUACAAUCACUAUCCCUCUCCGUUCUUCACCUCAGUGUCACAACAUUGGACAAUUUUGCUAUUUACUCCAUCAGCACUAAGGUGGAAGAGAAUUGCCAGCUAAGUUCAGUAGAUGACAUUGCAGGAGCAGUCCACCACAUGCUAAGUAUCAUUGAAGAGGAGCCUUUUUGUUGUUUGUCAAUGUCAGAAUUACCCUUUGAUUUCUCUUUAAAUCACACCAAUGCCACUCAUUCUCUCUAA